CCGCAGCCGCUCUGCGCCCGACCACUCCCGCCCCAAGCCUAGCCAUGGCCUCCGCGAUCUGGUGUCGCCUCGGCGGCCUCCGCCUCCGGCUCGCCUGCCUCCUGUCCUUAACACUCGUAAGGGCGGCCGCAGGUGUGUACGAACUCAAUCUCACCACUGAUGGCCAAGCCACCACGGGGGCACAGGUGACCAUCUCAGCCGCCCUGGUGGCCAAGGACAACAGCAGUCUGACACUGCCCACCAAUGCCCACCUGUACCAUUUCUACUGGAUCUACACCCCACUCAUGCUCACAGGCAAGACUGAAAACGAUCUCACCUCCACCAUCCACGUGGUGAGCAGCGUGCCCGGGGACUUCCCAGUCUCCGUCUGGGUUACUUCUGCCGACUGCUGGAUGUGCCAGCCCAUGGCCAGGAGUGUUAUCAUCCUGUCCUUCACAGAGUUUCUUGUGGGGGACCUUGUCGUCACACAGAACACCUCCCUGCCAUGGCCUAGUUCCUACCUCACCAAGACAGUCCUUAAAGUAGCCUUCAUGCUCCAUGACCCCAGCAACUUAUUCCAGACAGCCUCCUUUCUCUACAACUGGGACUUCGGAGAUGGGACCCAGAUGGUGACUGAAGAUGGUGUGGUCUAUUAUAACUAUCCGGUUAUGGGAGACUUCACGGUGAGGCUCAAGGUGGUGGCAGAGUGGGAGCAGGCACAGCCAGAUGGCACCAAGGCCAUUAUGCAGAAGACCGGUGACUUCACUGCCUCACUGAAGCUGCAGGAAACCCUACAAGGCAUCCAGGUAUUCGGGCCUACUGUAAUUCAGAGCUUCCAAAAGAUGAUAGUGACCUUGAAUUUCUUGGGGAGCCCCCCACUGAAUGUGUGCUGGCGGCUCAAGCCCGAGUGCCUUCCACUGGAGGAGGGGGAGUGCCACCCCGUGUCCGUGGCCAGCACAGCUUACAACCUGACCCACACCUUCCAUAGUCCUGGGGACUACUGCUUCAGCAUCCGAGCUGAGAACACCAUCAGCAAGACACACCAGUACCACAGGAUCCAGGUGUGGCCCUCCAGCCUCCAGCCAGCUGUCUUUGCUUUUCCAUGUGCCACACUUAUUACUGUGUUGCUGGCCUACAUCAUGUACAUGACCCUGCGGAAUGCCACCCAGCAAAAGGACAUGGUGGAGAACCCAGAGCCACACUCUGGGGUCAGCUGCUGCUGCCAAACGUGUUGUGGACCUUUCUGGCUGGAGACACCAUCAGAGUACCUGGAAAUCAUCCGAGAGAACCACCGGCUGCUCCCUCCCCUCAAGUCUGUCAAAACAUAUACAGUGUGAGUGCCCUGCUUCCACUAAGCUCAGUGUUACCUGAUGACUCACUAGGAGGCUCGGGGAGGGUGGCACAUGUGGCUUAGGGGGGGUCACGUGCAUGGGCUGUUCUCUUCACCCCUGUAUGAAGCCCUAAUCCUCCUAGCCCUCCUCUCAUCUGUACAGUUCAGCCACUGUAGUCAGCCUGUCUGUGUCCCCUACCCCCUACCCUAUACUGAGCACAUCUCUGAUAUGUGGUUUGCUCCUUUGGGACUUUCCCAGAUGGACAUGGCUGUCACCAUUCAUUCCAUAUCGGCCUAUCCGUUGUUUAUAAGGGGUUCCCGGUUCCCUCUCCUGGGGUGGCCCUGCUUAUACUAGAGAACUAGGAAGGAGAUCACAGAUGGCUCAGGAUACAAAGUGAAAGGUCAUGCACAGAGAGAGUCACACGAUGAGACAGUGUAUUACAUGGGCUUCCCAGAACUGCUCUGGAACUGUAAGGGCCAUUACUGGAAUGAACUUGAACUAGAACUCGGAUGAAAUUUGGCCCCACACACUCUGCCCCCAACAGCUCUGGGGCUCAGCUGCCCCCUCUGUGCUUUGCUUCUGCAACUCUCUGGUCCUAUUUUAAGGCCACUUACUUGGUGAGUGUGGUGUGCCUUGUAUAUUCAUCUUACUUACUGAACCGCAGAAGUUCAUUCCCUUAUGGGUUGAGUGUGCUGGCCCAGGACACCUCAACCAGCAGCUGGAGAAGAAGCAGGUGCAGGUGUCCCUGGCUCUCCCCCUCCAGCCAAGUGACCCAGGUAGGCAGAGAAAGCAGGGAGGGCAGGUGCAGAGGGAGAUGCGGGUUAGGCUAUGUGUAUGCAGCAGCCUGCACCUGAUGAGCCUGCACCUGAUGGACAUGCAAGACAGAGGGUGUGGGGCUGUGUGCUGUGUCCUUGUGCUCUUGGACUUCGUGAUGGGAAUAGCAUUCAUGCCGUUGUACAACUCAUGCCCAUGAAAUACCGCCAUAACUGCUGAAUAAAGCUCCAAUGCUCUGAGUAACGUUAAGCAUGGUCCCUGUUGUGGAGUCUUUUGCUGCCAGACACUGGGACCUGAGGAGACACCACAGGACAUCCA